AACUGUGACACUCAAUUAUUUUUAUCAAUACUAUGUAAGCAAAAGAAGCGAAAUCUUUUCUUAAAAACACAAAGAUAGUUUUACCAAACAUCCGCUGUCUAAAGAAAGAAGUGGACGGUGGUGUUUUGUUAUGAUGGAUGUACUAAAAUUCGCGCUCUUAUUUUUGGCCAUUGGUUUCACCAGUGCAUCGCUGCAAUGCGGAGGACGUACUUUAACUAGUAUGUCGCCGGACACAUGGAUGUGUUGUGGAGGAAAGCCAUACCAUAAGAGUUCUAACGUGUUUGCGUGUUGUAAUAAAGAGUGUUACAACGCAGUGUCACAGUUGUGUUGCGGUGGUGACAUCUACACAAGAGUAAACGCAAAUUCUGCUUGUUGUAAUGGAAAGUACUUUCAACGAGGAAACAAAGGAUGUUGUAAUGGUCAAAUUCUUGAUCUGCGAACACACGACUGUUGCCGCCAUGUUAAGUAUAGCAGAGAUGACGAAACAUGUUGCAAUGGCACAGUUAUUCAAAAAGACAAAACUGGUAAACGUACAGUUUGUUGUGGAAAAAAAUUAUACGAUCCCUUGACAGAGAAAUGUUGCGCUGAGAAAGUUGUGGAAGCAGUUGCUGGAGUUCAUACUAAGUGCUGCGAUUCAACUCCGUAUGAUAGUCAAACCAAAUCAUGUUGUAACGAAAAGGUUAUACCACGUGUUGGAGGAAAAGAUAAAUGUUGCAAUGGCAAAAUGAUAAAUUCACGACACAACAUAUGCUGUGGCGAUCACGCACAACCGCGUGUGUAUGGAAAACAAAACACUGGCUGCUGUCGCGUGGGAGAACCUGUUGCGCCAUCCACGCGGUAUGCAGAAGAUAUUGUAGGUUUGAUGAAAGCGAAUAUCCACAAACGUUCUCAUAUUGGUCAUUUUAUCACAUUUGACAAAACAAAGGCGAUGUGUUGUUCGGGAAAACUGAACAGAAUAAAGUCAGGGAAAAGCACAGGAUGUUGCAACAGGAACGCGUAUGAUGUGCGAACAGAGAUUUGCUGCGGAGUUAGGAUCUACAAAAAAAUACCAGGCGAACAAGAACGAUGUUGCGCUGGCAGACCAUACAACAGAAAAACUCACAUUUGUUGUCAUAACGCUCUCAAUGCUCUCAUUCCCGGAGGUGAAACGCAUUCGUUCUGCUGUGGCAGGAAGAUGUUUGAUCGUAGAAAACAGAAAUGUGAGAAGGAGAACAAGUUAAUCUCACUGGAGUGCGAGAAAACCGUUCAUGCAGGAAAAGACGCAACAAAAUAAUUUUUUUUAACACACAGUACAUUUUCGUGAACAUUUUACGUGACCCUAAUCAAUGAUCAACUGCGUCAGAUUAUUUUUGUAAAUUUAUUUUCAUAGAUUGCUCUCCGUUUUGAUGACCGUGUAUUACUUUUAAUGAAAAAUAUAUAUUGUUUGUAGCUGAUUCAA